AUGCGUGGUAUCCCGAUUCUUCUGAUUUAUGCCGUCAGCUUAGUCUCUGGCACUGUUCUGCCACGAGAGCUUGCUGGCGAGGCUCUGAUUGCAGUUCGUGGUGAUGGUGGAGGUGGAGGAGGAGGAGGCGGAGGCGGAGGAGGAGGAGGAGGAGGAGGUGGUGGUGGUGGUGGUGGUGGUAAUGAUCCUCCACCUGGAACGACCACUACGGCCAGUGGGACCGGAACUCCAUCAUCUUCCCCAGUAUCUUCAACUAGCCCUCCAACCAACUCCACUAGUCCUGCAACUUCCACUGCGCCGGCAACCUCCAGCGGAAGCACAUCCGAGUCUUCUACACUGCCACCAACUUCAGCCCCAUCCACCACUGCUAGUAGUACAGAAUCAACACCUCCUACUACAAGCUCUACUGGGCCAGGAACCACGAAUGGAAGUACAUUGCCACCAUCUUCAUCCUCUUCUCCAACUCCAACACCAUGUACAACUGAGACUAGCACUGCAUCACCUCCUCCGAGUACCACAUCUACUCCGUGUACUACUGAGAGCACAGCAUCGCCACCUUCUUCAAGUGAACCAUGUACAACCGAGACUUCAGAACCUCCAACUACCUCUACAACUCCAUGUACCACUGAGACCGCAGUGCCGCCACCUUCGUCAAGUGAACCUCCCUGCACAACAGAGACUACAGCGCCUCCUCCACCUCCGACUACAGUUCCAUGCAGUACCGAGACUACCACGGCUGUGCCCCCGCCCCCAACGACAACUCCAUGCCCCACCGAAUCUACUACUAGUAGCUCACCUCCAGUCACCACCACUACUAUAAUCACCACAACAACAUGCCCUGUUGGAUGGUCAACUAUCACGAGUGGAAGUUCUGUCGUUAGUCACCCGGUAACUCAGACUAGUACUUUGACUCUCACCUCUGUGAUCACUUGCACCGAGGGAUGCACUGAGCCAACGGCGCCACCACAGAGCGGCUCAUCUUCAAGCCAGCCCACUGAGCCUACAUCCUCGGCACCGGGAAUUCCGACUUCGGCUCCUUCGGCAUCUAAAUCCGUAUCUGUGCACCAAUCCUCUAGCACGUCUGUUGCAACCACAACCCCUACCUUCAAUGCCGCCUCGUCCCAGUUCAAGAACUCUGUGGCUGGUGUUCUACCCGGUUUGGUUCUUGUGUUGGCUCUAAUCUAA